AUGAAGGAAUCGGAAACCCCAAGAUCUGGAGCCGUCUCUAGUGAGCACGAACGAGAUGGUAGCCUGGAAUCAAACUCUAUUACAGACCAGGUAACCCUCUCAGGGGAGGAGCUCCAUGUUUGCAAGGAGUGUGGGAAAGGCUUUAAAGAUAAAUCAAACCUCAUCGGACACCAGCGGACGCACGCAUUGGAGAAGUCUUAUGUGUGUGUUGAGUGUGGCCGAGGCUUUAGCCUUUACUCAGUCCUCACUAGACAUCAGCGGAGUCACUCUGGGGAGAAGCCCUAUGUUUGUGAGGAGUGUGGGCACGGCUUCACCGAAAAGGCGUACUUUAUCAGACACCAGAGGACACACUCCGGAGAGAAGCCCUAUGUGUGCAUGGAGUGUGGACGAGGAUUUGGUGAUAGGUCAACCCUCGCAAAACACCAGAGGAUUCACUCAGGGGAGAAGCCCUACGUUUGUCAUCAGUGUGGACAGGGCUUCAGUGAGAGGUCAUCCGUCACCAGACACCAGAGGACACACUCUGGGGAGAAGCCCUAUGUGUGCAUGGAGUGUGGACGAGGAUUUGGUGACCCGUCAACCCUCAGAAAACACCAGAGGAUUCACUCAGGGGAGAAGCCCUUUGUUUGUCAGGAGUGUGGGCAUAGCUUCAGUGAGAAGUCAUGCUUCAUCAGACACCAGAGGACACACUCAGGGGAGAAGCCCUAUGUGUGCAUGGAGUGUGGACGAAGAUUUGGUGAUCAGUCAACCCUCAGAAAACACCAGAGGAUUCACUCAGGGGAGAAGCCCUUUGUUUGUCAGGAGUGUGGGCACAGCUUCAGUGAGAAGUCAUGCUUCAUCAGACACCAGAGGACACACUCAGGGGAGAAGCCCUACAUGUGCCCGGAGUGUGGACGAAGAUUUGGUGAUCAGUCAACCCUCAGAAAACACCAGAGGCUUCACUCAGGGGAGAGGCCUCACACGUGUGGUGAGUGUGGCCGAGGCUUUAGCCGGAAGUCAUUCCUUCUUACUCACCAGGGGACACACACAGGGCAGAAAUAUGUUUGUGGGGAGUGUGGGCGAAGUUUUAGCUACAAGUCAAAUCUGGUCAGACACCAGAAGACACACUCAGGCGUGAGGCCUUAUAUAUGCAAUGAGUGUGGGCGAGGCUUUUUCUAUAAAUCGACCCUCACCACACACGAAAGGACGCACUCAGGGGAGAAGCCUUAUUCGAAUCUUGAAUAA